AAUUUUGUAGUUUGUAUAUCGUCAUUUUAUUUUCAAUUUAUUUAGAAACCUCAAACUUGUAUUUUAAUAAUACUUUAGUGCUAAAACUAUUACAGAAAUUUGGAUUUAGUACAAAGAAUUGAGAGUCUAAUUACUGUUAAAAGUAAAUAUCCUCAAAAUUUAUUGUUAUAGGUACAUCUGUCUACACUUCGUUGUUGAGUUAUUUUAUUUUAAUUACUUAUAAAUUCAUUAAAUAAGAUGUCAUUUCAUUAAUGUGGAACGGGUUAUCUUAGGAUAAUAAACGUAAGUAAAUUGGAUGGAAUGUGACGACAAUGGCAGAAAUAACUUGGCGACAGGACGACGAAGUGGGUAUAAACGAAAGUGCCGACUUGACGAUGCAAGGAACACGCAGUUGGCAUUUACCAAUACCAUGCUGGGUGACCCUACUCCGCAAUCAGCUCGCCGCAAUGUGGGGCAAUCUGAUCUCAAAAAACGACAUUGUGAUCCUCCGCCGAGAUUUGAUUCUUUUAUGAGCAACAUGGAUGAGAUAACAUACUGGGUAUACACCAAAAGAGCACCUUGUCUCUACAAUUAUGAUCAAUUAAAAGUGCCUGAAGAAGCACAAACGUCAAAAUUAAAGCCAAUAAGCAUUUACAGUGACACUGAAGAUAUUCCAGCCCCAAAAAAGAAAAAGAAAAAUAAUAAACUUUUAGAAUCAUCUAACAGCUCUAGCAAACAUCAAAAUAUUUAUUUUGAAACAUCACAAGCCGUAAAUAAUAAACAAAUCAAGGAUAAAUUAGAUUCUCAAAAUGCUGACUUAAUUACAAAUAUAAGACAAACUAAAGCUAGAGAGCCUAAAAGAAAGAGUCAUCCCAAAACUCCUAACAGAAGAACUAAAUUUGUGACGUCAACACCAAUAGCGGCUAACUUAAGAAGGAGCCUACGUCUACACCAACAAUCUAACAACAAUAAUGAACAAUUGGAUUCUUCUUUUGAGAUUUUUAAUGCAUGUGAUUUAAAUGGCGCAAAAAAUAAGGAUUUUUCCGAAAUAGAGCAUCAAAAUAUUAUAAAUAAUAUAACAGAAAGAGAUCACAUUGGCAAGAAGAAUAAUAUACCGAAUGGACAGUAUGAUGAAUACAGUGAUGUUUCCGGUUUCACAGCUAAUUAUAUACGCUCUACUAAGCUAAAUUCAAAAACACCCAAAAAAGUUAAAAUGAAGUCCAGUAGAAAUCUGAUGCAGGAGUCAAGACAAAACUUGCACCUGGAAGGCAGUAGAAUGAUAACAAGUGUUAGCAAACAUGCUGACAUGCAAAACUCAGCAAUUUUGAAUCACAGCAUGGACUCAUCACAAAAUAUUAUCAAUCUCAAUUCUUUCAAAAAUACUAAAAAAUCCGCAAAAACUAACUGUGUCAUGUCACUCAAGUUCAAUAACGAAACAAAUACAAAGAGUAAGAUAGACAUUGAGAAACAGAAUCAAUAUAAUAAUAAAGAUUCUUUUCAAUCAAUUAGCUGUGUGGCUCUUAGAUGUUCAGGUAGGAACAAUAAUUCAAAAUGCAUUAAAAAAAGUGAACCUAGCAAAGGUACACAUGCAAUUUCUGAUUUAAAUGAUGAUUCAAAUAAUAUUACGUACAGAACUAGAAGCAGGAGAAGACAAGGGGAACACACAUGUGUAAAUGAUUUGGAUACUAAUUUAGUGGUUUUGAAUAUUGCAACACCUCAAGAUACAAAGAGAAAGAAAUCACUCCGAUGUUCCCAGACUAAACUGCAGAAGAGUGCCCAAUUGGUUGAUAAUUCAACAAAUGAUGGUAAUGGCAUUAUGAGUGACAAGACACAAUGUGUAGAGAUAAAGAAAUGUGUGCACAAUACAGUAAAGAUGAAGGCUAAAGAAACAACACAAGGCAGCAAGGGUGUGUUUUUCUCAGACAGUGAUAGUGACUGUGAUGUGUCCCCACAAAAAAAAUUCUUUUGUGACUGAAGUUUUAUAGGUGUAUUGCUGAAGGCUUUGAUAAACUUUAAAUAUAAACUUAAACUAUGAUAAUAUAUCUAUAAGUAUAUAGCCUUACUUGCCAGUAUCUAAGAUGGCAAGAGCAUUUGUUCCGUGCCUGUAUAGAAGCACUUUUUAUAUUUAAAAUAGCUUUUAUAGUAAAUGGCACUGGCCCCACCUUCAGCUUAAAAUAAGUUAAAUAAGCGAGAGCAUUGUUACUGGGAAUAUAAUAGUAGAAAAUGACCACAUGAGAGUCACUUUUGCUGUCAGUGGGGCAAGUGCCUAAUCAAAAUUAUUCCACUGAGUGCAAAUAAUUAUCCAAGCAGUUUGUACCAGCAUAGGAUUAGCUAUAAAAGGAUGCUUAAAGUAUAUAGCUUCAUUUAAAUAAUGCCUAUGCUAAAAUGGUAGCCACUACCCGUGUUAACCUUUUCUUUGAUUGUACAUCUGCCAUGUUGAAUGAGCUGUGUGGCUCCAAAUUAUUUGAGUAUCCUUGUGUAGAUGUUGACAUCUAGGUAAUGUGAAUAAAUUUAAUUGUCUUUUUAAUUUUUAAAUUUAAUGAUUAUUUAAUGCUAAGAGAUUUAAGUAUAUAUAAUAUGACAUAGAAGUAAUAACAUGAACAAAUUUAAAAUGUUGGUUUUACAUUUUUGGUAAUUGGUAAAAAAACUUUUAGUCACUUGUGUGAAGAUUUGGUCCUAAAAUCAUUUUUCUCAAGAUGAUGUGUUUAACCUUGCAAUCUUGUAGUCUCAUUACUGUAAAAUGGCUAGACCGGAAUAUCUAUAAGUUUAUUUUUGUUUCCUAAAUAAUUUAAAUAAAAUACAUAAUUUUCUUAGAUUGUUCUAGAACAUGUUGUUAAUAUUGUAGUUACUUUCAUAAUAAUUUUUAGUUAAUUAUAUUUAAAAUAAGAAUGAAGUUGCAUGGUUUUUGAGAUUUAAAAUAUGUUUUAAUUGCUUAAAUAGGAAUUUGCUAUUCUAUUGUAGGUUGGAUAAAGACCCCUGUAUGUACUUAAAUCUCUUUGAUUUGAUGAAAUAAAAUUUUGUGCUGUGAAAUUUAUAGAAUUGUGCCAUUCUACCGAUAUUUAUGUUAAACCAUGACACUGGUAUGUUUCCUGUUAAGUAUUUGUAUUAUUUUUAUCAAUUAUGACAAAUAUUUUGUAUAAAUUAUUGUGUAACAUUUUCACUUUUAACACUAAAAUUAUACAAUGAAAUAAAAUUUUAUGUAGCAAAUAA